AAGUAUAACCAGUGGGAUAGUAAAGCACUCAUUUUACUAAAAUAAGAUGCCACAUGCUUCACCAACUAUUCCAUCUUUCCUAUCAUUGUGGCUGCCUGCUACCAAUUUUGUUUUAAAUACCGAGGUUUGAAAUCUCUUAUGAAAGAUUAUGACAGUGAACUCAAACAUUAAACCUUCAAAUUUAUACACAGAGAGUCAGAAAGCUGCAAUGUGGAGUUUGGGGCAAUUCACAAUCAUAAGUACAUUGCUUCUGUUCUUGCAGCAUCAUGUAGCUGUGUCAUCACCCUCUGGAGCUACUACACAUUUGAGUCCUAACAUGCAAAAGCUUGCGCUGUUUCAAAUCAAGCGAAGCUUGUCAAUAAAUGCUUGUGAUCAUGUAAUUUGUGAGGAAGAAGGACUUCCUUCGUAUCCAAAGACAAUGGAUUGGAGCAUGAAUUCUGAUUGCUGCAAGUGGGAUGGAGUGACUUGUAAUCAGACGACAGGCGACGUGAUUGGACUGGACCUGAGUUGCAGCUGCCUUGUAGGAUCAAUACCUUCCAACAGCACCCUCUUCCAACUUUCUUAUCUCCAGAACCUCAACUUCCGUGCCAAUGAUUUAAAUGGAAUAUUACCUGAAAGAAUUUUCCACUUACCCAACUUGAAACAAUUAAAUGCAGAUGGCAACUUCAAUCUGACUACUAUUUUACCCAAAAUUAAGUGGGGCAGUAGUAGCAGUCUCCAGAUGCUUUCCCUUCAAGAAACAACCAUAUCUGGAGGAAUACCACAUUCAGUAGGUUACCUCAAAUCCUUAACCAUCUUCUCACUUUCGAGUUGCAAAAUCACUGGGCUGAUCCCUAAAUUAAUUGGGAACCUUACUCAACUUACUGAAUUGGAUUUUGACUUCAAUGACUUCAGUGGCACAAUUCCUGAUUCAUUUGCAAAUCUUCAAAACCUAAAAUACCUUUCUCUCAGCGAUAACAAGAUAAGUGGUCAGUUCCCCACUUGGGUUGCCAACCUUACACAGCUGAAGUUGUUAGAUCUGUCUGGUAAUUUAUUAAGCAGACCCCUGCCCUCCAACCUAACUGCUAGGUGCCUUCCAGAACUAAUGCUCCUCAGCCUGUCGUAUAACUUGUUCAACGGGACAAUUCCAUCUUGGUUGUUUGAUCUUCCAUCUUUAACUCGCUUGUUUGUGGAUCAUAAUAGCUUCACAGGUCAGCUAAAUGAAUUCAAGUCCUCUACCCUGCGAACUUUUACUUGUGCCAACAAUUUACUAAGUGGCUCCAUUCCAAUUUUACUUUCUAAACUUGCCAGCCUGAUUUCUUUAGAUAUUUCCUACAACAAUUUCAGUGGUGUUGUAAAGACCACCACACUCAAUCCGGAUAUAUUAGAUUUGCGUUUGGCAUCUUGCAAGAUCAUAAAGAUCCCACAUUUCAUUAAAUCCUUAGAAAAGCUUCAAUACCUAGAUCUGUCAAACAACCAAAUAGUUGGCGAAGUACCUCAGUGGCUAUGGAAGGGCUCUUUAAGCGAACUAAAUCUUUCUUACAACUACUUCAAUGGCGGCCUUCAGCAUCUUCCUGAGAACAGACUGAUUUUUCUGGAUCUCCAGCAUAAUAAACUCAAAGGAUCAUUGCCAGCCUCCAUCUGUAACUCAAGCUCUCUUUAUGUUCUCAAUCUGUCUCAUAACAACUUGAGUGGUGUACUUCCUGCGUGUCCAAGAAGUUCAAACUACAGUCUUAGUGUCUUAGAUUUGCGGAUGAAUAGAAUAAGGGGCAGUCUUCCAUCUUCUUUAUCAAAUUUCCGUGAGCUCAAAAGUUUAAAUCUCUAUGGCAAUGAAGUGGAAGGAACAAUUCCUCUCUCUUUUGCAAAAUUUGGUAACUUGGAAGUUCUUGAUCUUGGAAGUAAUCGUAUAAAUGACACGUUCCCUCAGUGGCUUGAAGUUCUUCCGCGUCUCCAAGUUCUUGUUCUAAAAUCAAACAAAUUCCAUGGUACCAUAAACAGUAUCUCUACCAUACAACACUCAUUCCCUAGCCUGAGAAUCAUUGAUCUCUCAAACAAUGAGUUUUCAGGUCCUCUGCCAGCAAAAUAUUUUGAAAACUUCAAGGGUAUGAUGAAUGGUGAUGCCAAUAAAAUGGGAAGUAUUUAUAUGGGGAAUUCUUAUUAUAGAGAUAGAGUGAAAAUGGUCAUCAAAGGAGUAGAUAUUGAAGUUCUCAAUAUUCUAACUGUAUUCACUACCAUUGAUCUUUCAAAAAACAAGUUUGAAGGGCAGAUUCCUGAAUUUAUUGGAAAUCUGAAAUCACUCCGACUCCUCAAUUUUUCUCACAAUCAUCUCUCAGGUCAUAUACCAUCCAUGAUGGGAAAAUUGUUAAUGCUAGAGUCAUUAGACCUCUCCUUCAACCGACUCGUGGGAGUUAUUCCUCAAGAACUUGCAGGUAUAUAUACUCUUUCACGUCUAAAUCUCUCCCAUAAUGAUCUUAACGGUCAUAUUCCAGAUGGAACUCAGUUCCAAACAUUUGAAAAUGAUAGCUAUGUUGGGAACUUGGCACUAUGUGGACCUCCAUUGUCCAAAAACUGCACAAGAGAGUAUAUUGAGAUGCAAGAUGAAGAAGAUGAGGAUGCUGAUUACUUUUUUAGUGGUUUUACCUGGGAAGCUGUGGUUAUCGGAUAUGGCAGUGGAGUGGUGGUGGGAUUUGCUGUCGGAUACAUCAUGUUCAGGACACGAGAUCCAAAAUGGAUAACAGGAAUCAUUGUCAGAAAAAUUGGCCUCAAGGUCAGAAGGUCUGAGAUUAGAAGAUUCUUCUGAAGAUUAGGCUAUGUGUGACUUUGAUACAUUUUCAUUAUUGUACAUACGUAAUCCUCUGGAUUUGGGAUUUAAGUUGAGGUUUUUACGAAAUCUGGAUUAUUUUUUUCCAA